UUUAAAAAUAGCUUGUGGAAAAGGAUAUUGGAUAUUGACCAACUUGUAGCGGGCAGUGUAAGUCCUGUUGGUCAACGUAACUUCUAGUUUCACUUCGUCUAGUGAUGGCAGGUUAUCCUCAUCACUUUGUUACUGCUCACCUUGGUUAUCCUGGUUAUGCUCAUGCAGCCUUUAUGCCUGCGUCGAUUCCUAAUCCAGCUAAUUCUGUCACGCAGUUGUCAGCUGCCCAAGUCAAUGCAGGUUGGGUGGAACACCAUUCUCAUGAUGGGAGGAAAUACUACUAUAAUACAUUCACUCAACAGACAACUUGGGAAAAACCUCAAGAGUUGAAAACUCAGCGUGAAAGAAUACUUUGCAACUGUCCAUGGAAAGAGUUUAAGUCUGAAAAUGGCAAACCGUACUAUUUUAAUGAGAAUACGAAACAAUCAGUUUGGAUCAAACCGCAAGAACUAAUAGACGCUGAAAAUCAAGCAGCUGCCUGUAAUACGGCUGCAAAUGCUACGGUCCCUGAACCACCACCAAGUAUACCUCCAGUCACACCUUGUACACCAGCCACCCCGAAAGAGGAUAUCAAUAAGCCUCCUGAGCCAUCGGAAAUAGAACGAGCAAUGAAGGCGACUCUGGCCUCUUUUGAUACGUCAGACACCGGACCUUCAUCGAUUCCUAUUCCUCUGCCUCCGGAAAAAGUCGACGAUAGUGAUAAAGAUGACAGCGAGGAAGAGAAGCCUACAUCUAAUUCGCACGUAACUACAUUUUCACCAACUCCUCAGACAGUACCAGAAUAUAAGACCCGAGGAGAAAUGGCUGAAGGUCUCAGGAGGCUUUUCAGAGAUUGCAAUGUUCCUGGUGGGGCUACAUGGGAGCAAGCAUUGAAGUUAAUCUCUGGGGAUCCUCGUUACUCGAUCCUAAGGACGUUCAAUGAAAAGAAACAGAUAUUUAAUGUUUACAAAACCCAAAGAUUAAAGGAAGAACGCGAGGAGCAGAGAAUAAGAAUCAAAAGGGCAAAAGAGGAUCUAGAGAAGUAUCUUUUGAAGUGCAAUAAACUACACUCAACUAUGUCAUACCGUAGGGUAGAUCAAUUACUUUCGGAUACAAAAGAGUGGACUGAUGUUCCCGAUCGAGAUCGCCGUGAAAUAUUUGACGAUGUUAUGCUAGAGGUAGGUAAACGUGAACGAGAGGAGGCUAAAAUCUUGCGCAAAAGAAAUAUACGAGUCUUCAAUGAAAUUCUCAGUGAAAUGCUUGACCUUACAUACCGAACGACCUGGAGCGAAGCACAACAAAUGCUACUUGAUAAUACCAGAUUCACUGGAGAUGUGGAUCUACAAAAUUUAGACAAAGAGGAUGCACUUGUCUGUUUUGAAGAGCAUAUUUGUAUGCUUGAACAAGAGCAUGAUGAAGAUAAAGAACGUGAACGUCGUAGGCAAAAACGGGAACAACGAAAGAAUCGAGAAGCAUUCAUAGUUUUACUCGAUGAACUGCACGAACAGAAAUUACUCACUUCUAUGUCUUUGUGGAAAGAUUUAUACCAUAUCAUAAACAAAGAUGAUCGAUUUCAUAAAAUGCUUGCUCAACGUGGUUCUACUCCAUUGGAUUUAUUUAAAUUCUAUGUUGAAGCAUUAAAAGCUCGUUUUCCAGCUGAGAAAAAGAUUAUUAAAGAGAUUUUAAAAUACAACGGUACAACAAUUGAUUUAUCUGUUUCAUAUGAAGAUUUUUGUUCAAUGAUAAACUCUGAUGAACGUAGCAAAGGAAUAGAUGAUGGAAAUAUGCGUAUGACAUAUGAUAGUUUAAUAGAAAAAGCUCAAGGUCGUGAACGUGAACGUCAAAGAGAUGAUGCUAGACGUAUGCGAAAACUUGAACAAAAUUUCUGUGAAAUGCUUACAACAUCCACUUUUAUACAAUCCAAUACUAGUUGGGAAGAAGUUCGAGAGAAAUUAGGUGAUCAUCCUGCAUUCAAAGGUUUAUCAUUAGAAUCAGAAAGGAUUCGACUAUUUAAAGAGUAUAUCGUGUCAAUUGACAAUUCAAAUGAAGAUGCUCAUCGGUCUCGUAAAGAAAAACACAUACAUGAAAGGUCUGCUUCUAUUAUUCAAGAUGUUGAAAAAGAUUCUGAUAUAGUGAAAGAACAGAAGAAAAAGCAGUCUGUUUCCCCUUCCCCAGUUCCUUCCGAACAUAGUCAUAAUCGUAAAUCGGAAGAUGAACGAGGAUCAUCACAGAAACGUAAACAUCGUAAAUCAAAAAAAUCAAAACACCGCAAGUCAAAACAUCACAAGCAUCACAAAAAUACAGACAAGCGUCAAGAUGAAGAAUUGGAAGAAGGCGAAGCUGCUGAUGAUGAUGACGAAGAUGAUGAAGCUGCAAAUCCACCAACUGGCAAUCGUGCUAAUUCCCUCAGUGGUGGUGGUAGUAAGCGUCAUCGUCAUCAUCGACGUAGCAAACGUUCUCGGACAUCUGAUCCUGAAGAUGGUGAAGAGGUAGACAGUACUAGUGAUGGAGAGUUUUAUGACCAUGAUUUAAAGCGUAAAAGACGUUAAUGUCCAAAAACUCUUUUAUAAAUUUUUUUUCUCUUUUGGUCGUGUAUAUAUAUAUCAGCAUGUCCACUUUGAUUGUUACUUUUGAUAUUGAAAAAAAGUCUUAAUAAUUUAUUUCAACAUCAUGUCUACUGAAAGCACUAAAUUUUAUAUUGGUCUUAUUUCUUUUUCGAUAAUUCAUUUAAAAAAAAAUGUUUCUUUAUAUCCGAUACAAGUAAUUUGGUCAAAAUAUGGUAUUUUAAGCAGCUUUAGGUCUCUUCAGUGAUUGAAUUCAGAUUUAGGCCUAGAUUAGAGUUGAUUUUGGGAUAAUGAUUAGUUAUGUCAUUUGUGUUUUAAUUGACAAAAUGAAUAUUCUAUACAUGGUUAGUGAGAAAAGACAUAUGGCGAUUUUUGGAACUGAAGGUGCCCAACUGUUUUAAUAUCUUUUGUCUACCUUUUUUCCCGGAAUUCCAACCAACAAAUGGUAAUGAAACAGAUAUCCAACAAUAAACAUCAUUAUUAUG